GCAGACAGCUACCAGUACCAGCUGCAAUCGAUGUGGCAGAAGUGUUGGAACACGAACCAAUCGCUGGUGCACAACCUGCGUUUUCGAGAACGAGGGCCCUUGAAGUCCUGGCGACCGGAAACGAUGGCCGAGGCGAUCUUCAGCGUGCUGAAAGAGGGCCUGUCGCUUUCACAGGCCGCCAGAAAGUACGACAUACCGUACCCGACGUUCGUGUUGUAUGCCAAUAGGGUGCAUAAUAUGUUGGGGCCUUCCGCCGAUGGGGGAUCAGAUUUGAGGCCCAAGGGCAGGGGUCGACCUCAAAGGAUAUUGCUAGGUGUAUGGCCAGACGAACACAUCAGAGGAGUGAUCAGAGCUGUGGUAUUUAGGGAUUCGCAUCAGAUCAAGGAAGAACCGCAUUUGACUACUUAUCCAAGACUACAUGAUGGCGUGAGCAUGCAGAACUACCACUCGUCAACGCCAACGUCGGUGGGCAGCGGUAGCCUUCCCAGUGCCGGCGGCGCUACAGGCGGCCCCUUGGGCGGCCCGGGCGGACCUUGCAGCAACGGGGGCGGCCAAGACGUGAACAGCGUCUCGCCGGGGGCGGCCGCAGCAGCUGCAGUGGCGGCGGUUGCGCAGGGUCUCAGGCAGCAGAUGUGCAGCAUGGUAGCUGCGGCGCAUUCACACUCGUCCAGUCAUGAUACGAAUCCGGUGGCUAGUUUGGUUAAUUCGCUGGCACUGGCCGGGCAUUGCGGUGGUGGUAUGUCAGUCCCUAGUAACGGCGCCCCGCCAAUGAGUAUGAGUCACAUUUCUUCCAUGAGGAGUAUAGGCAGCCCUGCGGGCAGUAUACAGGAUCUCAGAAUCAGUCCCGCGGAAUCUGCACUGGAUAGCCCCAUUUCUUCGCCAUUAGGAUUAACUGUAUCUAGUUCAAUGGAGCCUGCGAUCAACAUGAACAUAGGCGCAGCGAUGGACGUAUCAUCAAUAGGUGUGUCUGGAAUGACCUACAAACCUGUAUCGAGGACAUUCGCCUCUCCGCGACCUGAGAACCUCUUCCAGGAGGACAUUGACGACCUCAUGAAGGCCAGUAUGCGAGUGGGAGGUCAGAAGGACGGACAGGGACAGCAUAAUACUGGACAGCAACAGGCGCAGCAAGGGCAACAAAUCCAGUCACCUCCCGUGAGCGCUGCUCACCAGCAACCCCCCACCAUCAAAAUGGAACCGGUUGGUGACUGCAGAGGAGAAUGAGCCCAAAACCAGGAAGGCCAGCCCACGCAGUCCACUCCACAAGUCGAAGACUGCCCUCCCUGUCCCGUGAUGACGUCAUCGGUUCAGGCGUGUGAUAGUUAAAAUGGCGGCCCCUAACCGCCACCAAGAUGUGUACGUAGAUUAUUAUUAUGGAAACCGUAUGUAGAGGAGGUGAUGUAGCUACAAGCGGAAAUGUGCGGAAAGAGCGAAUGAUCAAGUUGUGAAAAUAUAUACGUGGGUCUGAGGUAAGCAGAGGUACAUACAUCCUGGGAACAUCCAGGAAUAUUAUUUCUCGAUACUGAUUUCUGAGCUCGUUUACUUUUAAUGGUGAUCAAAACAACGAAAAGAGGAGGUAUCUCGUAUUCAGCUAUGCAGCUAUUCGACAUAAUCAAGUAAGAAUAUAAUAUUUAUAUAUUUCACACAUGAAAACAUGACAACAAAUAAUAGACUAUUUAGAGGCACUAAAAAUACACCAUAUCGUCAAGUGACAGAGGUAUGUCUCGCCCUACUUGGUACUUGAGCACUGACGCUUUUACUCGUAUGUAAGUUGUUUUGCAGAAACUAAUUAAACUUCUGGUAUACACUGAUCCAAUAGAUAUAGCUGCUAAUCAUUGGUUAACGUAUUCUGCCAAGAAAGUAGCUAAUGAUAUAUUCCCGCGUCAGAAAAAUUACCAAAAAAAGAAAUACCGUAGCACCAUAUAUGAGAUUAUGUCAAUGUUGUUGCUCUAUUUACUAUAGGUAACGAAAAAGUUGGUGAUAUAGAGACACAGCUGACAUUCUCAUAUAUUAUGACGCUAUGGUACCUGAUCUUGGAUAAGUUUUCGGACGCGGGAAUACAGCAUUAGAUUAUCUAUCUUCAUACGUUAAUCAACGCUUCUAAUGAUCAUGACGACAUUUAAAGUCGGUUAUGGAUUGAAUAUAUUCUCAAUAUUUGGUGAAAAAAUUCUUAUAUGCUACUGAAUGUCAAUUCAUUAUUGCUAAAAGACUUCAGAAUGUAGUGGAAUAUCUUAGAAAAUUUUUAUUGCUAAUACCUGGUUCUUAAAUUCAUGCCAUAUAGAGUUAUCUCAUUUUGACAAAAAAAAAGUCCUAUGAGCGAUCAAUUUUGAAAUUAAAAUGAUUUGUGUUCCCAAAAUUGUAUGUACCUAUUACCUAUCUCAAUUCCAACAUUGUUAUUAAAAAAUCUAGCUAGUAAACUAUAUAUUUUGGACGAUUUAUAUACGAUUUUAAUUUAUCUAAGGAAAAGCCAAAGUUUUCGGCCAGUUCUCUAUAUAAAAAAGACAAGACUGUUGCGUACAAUGUGUAUACUAUACUGUUGAUCUAAAUUCGAAAUUAGCUCUAAAAAUUUAUAAUCUAUAUAGUAUAAAACUGAGCUACCAAACGAACAAAAUAAGAAUAAGAACUGUAUGAAAGAAAUAACCAUUCGCAAAUUAUCACAGAGUGAUGAGCCCGAGGUUCUUGUUCAGGUAUUUGUGAUACAAAAAGUUGGAUAAAGACAUCAAAAUUCAGACUGAGUGUACUAAAAUAGAUUGCAUUAUUGCAAGAUGCCCAAGAAAAUUUGGGAGCUGAUUUAGCACGUAAAAGUAUGAAAAAAGUUCAUACACACAUGUUUAGCGAAAAAUCGUUUUUUCAAAACUAUUUUGAUUGCAAAGUUUCGUUUUAUGCCAGCUAUUUUAUAAUAAUCAGAAUGACGUGCUGGUUAAUAAAAAAAAUAUUACUUUUUUGGAAAAAAGCAGGAGUUCUUUUUUGCUAAACAUAGAGAUUUUCUGCCAAGAACGCAAUUGUUGCAAGUGGUGCACUGACUUAGGGAUAAACGCCAUUCUAAGAAGCUAUUUAUAGAAGCUCUGGAUCUUUAUUUUGAUGUAACGUAUUCAGCGCCUCAACAGAACAUAAGAGCGAAUCACCCUGUAUAAAAAAUAGAUAAAGGUCAAUCUACAUUCCCCACGUUCGCUUUUCGACAAUCCUCCGUGAUUUUAUGGGAUUCGAUGAGUACUCUAGAUAUAAACUGUUCAUAUCCUGUUGAUACCAUAAAUCAUAUAUACACGAUGUCUCAAUAUAUUUCCACUUCAGAACAUCACUGCUAUUCUAAAAUACGUGACAUAUGCAUCGAGGCAGCACCUAUCUGAAACUCAGAUACCCUAGGUUGAAACCUCAUGAGUUGGUCUGAAAAAUGCAUAGGUGUCCUUGUAGAAUCUGUGUCAUUAAAGCAAAAUAUACGAUAUGUAUCAAGUUUGUGGAUCAAAAUGUAUUGAGACGGUUUGUAUAUCCGUUAAUAGAUAUUUUGUGCUGUACAAUGGUGUGAAACUGACUUUGGUGCAUUUUCGAUUUACUGGUAUUUCAAAAUUAGUUAUUUUUGUCUUUUCAAAAAAUAUAACCUAUUCUUUAUUUAAGAUUUUCAGUUCUAUUUUAACAACGACGAUAUUAUACGUGAAAUGUUCUGCAUAAAUGUUCAUUGAAAGAUUAACAAGUAAAUGGAUAUGACUUGUUUUCAUCAAACAUUGAAUGUUUAUAAUGCGGUGCAAAUGAUAUUAUUUUAAUAGAGCAGAAAAUUCGCCAAUAUCUGACGCCUUCAAUUUGUUGCUUUAAUAUUCAAUUGAUUGCAGAAUCAUUAAUAUAUAUUCAGUUUAUGGAUGGUCUAUCAUUGAUUACACAAUAUCAAAUAUGUAAUAGCACAAGGCCACAAAAAACGCGGGAUACCAGCACCAGUUUUACUAUAAUUUUUCUUGUAUUUUUGUCCGCUGAACUCGAAUUUGAAGUCGAUUGACAAAUAUGAAAGUAACUUCAUCAACAUUAUGUUUUAUUUAUACUGGUCGUAGUUGCAAAGACCUGCUGGAUGUUACAAAGAGAAACAAACAAAAAAAUGACAUCAAGUAAGUUGAGUCUGCAAUACCCAUGCAACGCCGUCAUCAGUUCUUCAAGAAUUACGGUCAGCACAAGGUAGACCCUGAAAAAAGUUAGUAACGAACAUGUAUAACAAUGAAAUUGAACGGAUUGAGUUAGUCAAACAGGCCCACACAUUCUUCCCCUGCCCGUGGCAGUAAGACCAGAACACCUACCAAGACCGGCACGUUAGCCUGUGAUCCUACACUGCAGAAGCAGGAACUCGUAUCGGAAACAUUUCUCUAUCAUCCCAGGGUUUAAGGGCAAAUGCACGGGCAAAUGAUGAUGAUGAUCAAUAUGUCUAAUCCAAAAAAUAUAUCUAAUUUUCGAAAUUUUUUACUCCGUCGCCUGUAGGAUCAUUUGAAGACAAACGUAGCACUAAAUGACGAACAAUAUAAGGGUAUCGUCAUAUAAAAAAAUCCCUGGAUCAUAGGUUUUCUCUAAACUUUGUCAAUCGACUCUCAACUCUGACUUGAAAUUCAUGUUCAGCGGGAAAAAGUACAUGAGAAGAAUAUAGUGGGACACUUACCACUUUCUUGUGGACCUGUGUAAUAUUCCGAAUGAUAAGAAGGUAAUCCCAAAAAUACAAUUACACAUCAUUAUAUAGCUUAGAGAUUGGUCUGUUUUUCUGCAUUUUUUGUAAAAGCUAUAGCGGUUUUUGUAUGAUCAUGACAUACCACCUAGCCGCAUGUUCUUGAGGAAUGAAUCUGAAUAUCCUAUUUCUAUUUCGAUUUCAAAAAUGCAUCAAAGAAGUCUCAUAGAUUGUUGAAUACUGUACAAAAAUCCGUGGUUAGUUCUUAUUUCGUGAGAUGAUAAUAUACCCGAUUACCAAUUAAGUAGAGUACAUACAUACCUAUAUAGCGUCUUAGCAGUUCUGUGGAAAAUGAUUUAAUUUUUGGUGCAAUAAUCCAUCAUGUUAUAUAGAGAGUUAAUAACGUUCCUGACCAAAGUUCAAAGUAUGAUUCGUUGGGCGACUAUAAGACGAAAGGAGUGUUCGUAUAAACAUACAGGGUGCUUCUCAUUGGAAGUUAUGAAAUGAUGCUUUAGGAUUUGUCCAUGCCUAUUCCAUGGCGACCUUGAAUUUGGCAUUGAUCAUAACCUUGAAGGACAAAUCAGGAUCAAGACGAUUGUUUGUUUGGAACCCUAUACUUUUCACCCCAGAAAACGGAUAAAGCAGAAGAUUCUUAGGUGAAAAUCAUUUUGAUCCUGAAGGUCCUUGGCCAAGGUCACCAUAAGAAAAACCCUCAUUUGAAAAUAUUUCAGAGAUAUUUCUAAAGCUGAUGCAAUAAGGACUCAAAACAGCAGGAGAUUCAAUUUUUAUUUGGCUUCCACUGAUAACCUUGAAUUUUACCAUGACUUUCAGUUCAGGUUCAAAAUAAUUUCCACGCUAAGGUAGGUCUCAAAGUAAAAAUUUCUACUCUACUAUUUCCACGAUCAAAAAGAAUUGGCGUUGAUUUGACCUUUAAUGCCAUGGUCUAGAUCAGUUUCAGGGUUAACACUGAUUAGCCUGGACAAAAUUCAAUCCUCUACUCCCUUCAAGUCUCUCUUAUGCUUAAUAUUUUUUCCUCAGAAGCAUUCCUGAAAUUUCAUCAAACGAAGAUGUUUUUGCAAGAAUCUUAACCAGGAUGCCCAAGGUCAAAAUAAUGUUUACUUAAGAUCAUGUCUGAAGGUGAAAUUUUUCGCUCUGUGCAUUGCCGAAGCAGAAAGUAUAGGGUAAAGCCAUCACAGCAAAUAGCCAGAGGAAAAUUGAAACUUCAGCUUCCUUUCUGUCCUCAUGUGACUCUAUUUUCAAAAGGAUGCCUGAUAUCUGUUCAAAUGAGGUUUUUUUUACUAUAACGUUUACCAUGAGAUUCGAGGUCAAAAUAUUUUUCAACCAAGGUCAUACCUGGAUGUAAAAUGUUAUUUAAGGCAACAAAAGUAAGUCCCGUUUAAAAAAAUCGUCUUGAUCUCCAAGGUCAUGAUCAAGGUCAAAUUCAAGGUCAUCUCUGAAUAGCCGUAUAAGUUGGGUAAUGCUUCUUUAUCGGGAUACAAAACCACAAUAAUAUAUAUUAUAUAUAUAUAUAUAUAUAUAUAUAUAUAUAUGAAACGAACCACUUUUGAACUUUUCUUAGAAUUAGUCAAGAAAUCAGCGUUCUGAAUUUUAGCCAUGUGCUUUAUUAACAUCCUGUAUAAUCCAUUUUUAGUCGAUACAUACAUACACGAUAUUUUUAAUACAUGUAUGUUUUACUUAAUUUGUAAGCUAUUUGAAUGGUCAGUGAUUGUCAGUAUUUUUUACAUAACACGUUAAUUUUACUGGUCUCGAAUAAAUUAUUUUAUUAUUUAUUUAAAAUUUACAUCUGAUGUAUAGAUAUUUAAGCGAUCCUAUAUAUUGCGUAUAUUGCUUUGUUAAUUUUUGCCAUUAGCUUCUUCGUACACGAAUUUAAGGUGUAGUCUCCCGAUUUCAGUUUCAACUUGUACAUAGACAGAUAAUCAAAAACCUAUGCAUCCGUGGAUCCUAUUUUAUUUUAUCUAUUCAUCCCAACCUACAACUCAUUGAACAAAAAUCUUUAGGUACCAUAUGGGAAACCUGAAUCAAAUUGUUGACUGCCAAACCAUGGCAAUAUUCUGCAUGGUUGGAAGAUAAGCAGUACUGGUGUAAACACAACGAGAACUGUACUGAAUUUACUACUUUCAUUCAAUACAUGGAUAAAGAACAACUGAUUUAUUCUGUUAUGGAUUAACGUAUUCUACCUGAAGAUUGUCAACCUAAUGCUAUAUUCCCUCGUCUGAACAAUUACCCGAGAUGACAUAACAUACCGUCUAUGAAUAUUUGUGACAACUAUCUUUUUCCUUUCUGCAAUAAUUAGAAGACUACUUUGAGAAGGUUAUUCUAUCAUAAAUGGCGCUGUAUCCAACUAAAUAUAAGCAUUUAGUUGCAGCGCCAUAUACGAGACGCCAACCUUUUCAAAUUAUUGCGGAGAGGAGAAAGAUAGCUGUGACAAAUUUUUAUGGGUAUCUCAUUUUAUCUCGGCCAAUUUAUCGGACGCGCGAAUAAAGGUUGGGCAUCUUCAGGUAUAAUACGUUAAUAAAUAAUUCCAACUUCAGACGGCGGCAUAAAUUGCAUCUUCCUUAAAAGUACCAUUCUCAAGUCUUCUUCCACUGGAUGAAUUCCUUCAUCCUACACGUUACAAAGGUGGAGACUACACCUUACUUUGAAAAAAUCUUGCUAGCAAGAAGCUAUACCUAUAUAAUUUGAACUGUAGUAAUGCCAAAUGUAUCAUAUAUAUGUUACGAUGUAGUAAACAAAAAACAUGAUGACUAGAACUUAGGUGUAUUGUGAAUGUACAAAGUGUAGUGCAACUUGAACAAUAUUACUAUAUUAAUACAUAUACUAAGUUUACAACUGGCAUCAGUUUACACCCAACAAUGGUAGCACACAACCAUCAUCUAAGCGACUAAACUUCAAGAGCAUUUUUUCAAAAUGUGUUUAGUCAAAAAAUUAAUAAAAGCAGUCAGAAGGAGUCUCAAUUUGACCGGGUUCUGACUGUAGAAUCGUUCGACGCACGCACGUACAGUGGCUUGUGAAGAGGUCACCUCACCUAUUUUUGAUCGAGUCAAAUUAGCAAGUUGAAAUUCGGAAUGAUGAAAAUGAUUCACAAGUUUUCACGUAAAAUUUGAAAACAUCAAGAUUUUUUCAGAUGGAGGGGCCUAUGAUGCCUAAUUUUGCAGCUCUAUAUCAGUACUUUGAAACCCUAGAGUAUAAAUUUACUAUCUUCCAAAAUAGCGGACUGGCAGACUAUCAAGGAUGCGUGUUACUGUACAUUGGAUCGCUUAUAACUCAACAACUAUCUGUCGCUUAUAACUAACGAUAAACACUCCAAAGUAUGUUAUGUUAAUCAUUUUCUUUCUAUCUGGAUGUACAAUACAUUAUGAGUUGAUCCGUGAGAAAAUGGCCGGUUUUGACAUUUUUUUAAAUAUAAUGUUCCGUACCUUAAUCCAUAUUUGGCUAGAUCAUUUCAAGAGAAAAGGAUUAAUAUUACUUAUAACAUUCUGAAGAUUUUUUAUUGAGUUAUAAAUGUUGCAAUGUACAAAUACGCUAACUUUGACAGCCUCCUAGGCCGUCAUUUUGAAGGAUCGUAAAUUCAUUAUUAUGAGGUACCAUUUAAAAAAACGAUCAAAAUUGACGCCCAGCCGACUUGACAUUUUCAACUGCCACUUUUAGUCUAAAAUAUACUAUAUACAAGUAUAUAUAUAUAUAAAGAGAAAAUGAUCAUGCGGAGAAAGGUAUAUAACGUUAUUUUCCUUCUUUUUGUUAUAUAUAUAUAUUUAUAUGAACCAAUAACAUCACCUCGAAUUUCAAGAGACAUGACCUGUUCAAAAAAUAAAUUCGGGGGGCCUUUUUGAACAGACGCUACACCUAAACGCAAACACCCUAAGGGAAUACUGAACUUUAUUCAAAAAUGUUUAUUAAUUAACAUUAAAACUGCUCUAGAUUGUCGCUUGGUAUAAAUUUUACCGAAAAAUGUACGGAAGUUUUCGAAAAAUCACUUAUUCGUUCGUUUUAGAAAAUUUUCACGAAGCCAACAAAAUAUUUUUGUGAUUUGUUUAGAUAAUAGGGAUAUGGAAUAAUGUACAAAAUUUAUAUAAAUCUUAUAAAUGUAGAAACAAAAAUAUACCUAUUUAAAUAUUUUAAAAAAAUAUAAAACGCCUUCCCUGCCAUUUAUGGGUCUACCAGCGGUUUCUGCAUUUUGCGAAGUGAUAUGUAUAGUUUUCUAAAAAGUGGCCUUUGAGACAAAACUUUGAUUCUUUUAUGAUGUUGAUGCAAUUUCGGAACUCUUUUUCGCUCGGGAAUAGCUGAAAAUGUUUACCAACAAUUUCAGAUAAACUACUCAUGAAAAUGUACAAAAGAUGAUGCUAGGAUUUUUCUUUGAAAUACUGAUUCCUGAUAAUCGGCAGAGGGAUUACGUAAAAAAUCAAUAUUUCAUUAAAAAUCAGUAUAAUAUCAAAUUGUGUACUAAGUAAUUGCUAGCCCAUUCCGCGUCUUCCCGCUGUGAGCGCCACCUACGGAGUAAUGGCUCAACGACCUUUCUGCGUAUUAUGCUGCAACUCACAUUUCACCAGCUUACUUUGUUGGUUGCAGGCUGCCAUGAUAGUGUGUUAGCCUAGGCCAUAGGAGCUAUAAAUGGCCUCCAAUAGUGCUAUCUCUGUAACAGAUGUUACAUUACAUCAGAGCCAAAAUAUAUAGCUCAAAUGUCAUGAUAUUUAGGCAACACGCACAACUUCUAUAAGUGAACAUAAAGUGAAUUACAGUUUCAAUGUGACAUUAAAAAUCGGUAUAAUAUAUGCCACUUUUCAAGUUACGUAAUACGGGCGCGGUUCGAUUUGCAAACUUUUCUGUAAGAUUGACAUAUUUUCUCCAGAUUUCUUUCGAUACAUGAAAUGUAUUCUUUUCCCUGAACAAAGUUUUUGUCUAUUCCCGAGUAUGUUUUUAUUUCUGUUAGUAGAUAUUGUGUUUUGAGACUAGGCUUAAAUGUGUUCAAAAAGAGUAGUAAGUGCCUUCCAAAAAAUGACCACUUAUGUCAUCCAAAAAAAUUAAAGAUUAAGAUGAACUAAAUUUUUUAACAAAAUUAUCGUUUUGAUGUGUUUUAGUAUGGUAUAACCCUGAAUGGCAUGUUCUUUUCAUAUCUAUGUAAAGAUUAACUUUAUUAUACAUUAUACAGCUAAGCGCGAAAACAUGUGAAUUUGGCAAUUUUUAUAGAUCUGUACAGACUGUGGGUUUCACUUGUAACGCCCAAAAUUACUAAGAUUUCCCAAAAUAAAAAAAUCGGGAAUUCAUGUUGAUCACAUUUAGUUAACAGGAAUGCAAAAAAGCAUUUAACAAAUUUCCAAUUAAAAAAAACAUAGCGACCCGACGUCUAAACUGUUGUAACCAUUUGGCACUGGAUUUUUUUAAACGUACAAAUGAAGCUCAAAGUAUAGAUUUUGUAGCGGUAAAAUGAUCACCAAAUCCAAGUUAUCAGCUUUAUUUUAAGGCAACAGUUACACGCAGAAAAAAUUAAAAGUACACUAGUUAUAAUGAAAUAAGUUUCAGAUCCGUCAAAUAUACCACCUAUUAAAAGAUAUUUCCGUUUGAAACACUUCGAGUCGGGAGAAGCGCAUCUAAUAUUUAUGUGUACGUUAAGAAUAAACGAAUGAACUAAUAUAGCCACAGGUAACAUAGUUUUCUACUAACUUUAUAGGUUUGUUGUGGUGCCACAGUGAAACGUCGCAGAUUGGUGUAUUUUUCGUUUUUUCUGUUUGUCGCAAAGUCUCCCUGAUUGUAUACUAUAAAUAUAGUUGAUGUUAGUUGAACUAUAACAUAGCUUAACAGAGUAAAGUUAUGAAUAGCCAGUUUAGUCGAUACGCAGAUUUAUUAUUAUUCCCUGUUCAGAAAUUGUGCUGCUACUAGUAUAACCAGUCAGUUUGAAAAGCGAUGGUAGCCUAGAAAAUAAUCUGAUCUAUUGAGAAAGAAAGUUGAAAUGUAAAAAAAUAUGAGUUUAGAGUCAAUUCUAGAGUUCUAAGGAACUCAGAACCAGUUUCAUUAUGACUAAAAAAGUUGCAGAAGUUUUGAAUAUCCAGCCUCUAAUGCGGGAUCUACUCGCUUGUCGAAUCUCGGUAAGCCAAAAUAAACUGAAAUGUAUCGAUAGGCUCUUACUUCUUAAUGAGUCGACCGUCAAGUCUGUCAGCAUCACGUGCAAGCCACAAUAAAGAGAGACUUAGAAAUAAAUGUGUACGCUUACUAAUCGAUACAGGAGGAUGGUUAUCGUCGUCGAUUUUACAAUCAACUGUCAUAGCAAGUAUCAAAAUCUCCACUGACAGUGUUAGCCGUCAAAAGCCUUUGCCCCACAUCCAGUGACCGGCACAUGAUUAAGACGUUUUAUUUUGCACCAGCUGUGACUCGCGACUACGUGCGCUUGAAACUGUUACUAACGUAUAAUUUUAAAGUAAUGUUAUGAACUAAGGAUCGCGUUUUGUACCUUUGAUGUCAUUAGUAAAUUGACAGCCAACUUGCAUGCUUGGGAAUUUUUUUUACUUGAUUGACGUGGUGACACCUACAUUUUCCGCUGGUAAAACCGCGGGCAGAAAGAACACAGCUGAUGUCAGGUAUAUUUUCUUUCUUAGAAUACAAUGACGUUAUUCGUACUCGCAAACGUGUGGGUGGUAUGCCAAGCGUAUGGAUCCAGCAUGAAUUUAAAAAACAAGAUUAUGCCAUCAAUAUUUCAACUUUGUAGCCUAAUAGUGUAGAUUAUUGCUAGGCUGAUGAAAACCACCAGAUGAAGCGGAUAUGGUCCGUUUUUUCUGAUUUUCUUAAGCCUACCAUUUUUCGUCUGUCAGUCAUCCUCCAUAUUAUGCUCCCAUACCGUGGAGUAAGUUUUCCUGUUAUUUUUGUACGUAUACAUAAUGUAUCUUUAUUUAUUCAUGUCAUUUUUUAUUCCAUAAUGUUAAUGCACAUCAUUAUUUUAUGUCUGUAUGGU